AUGCCAGCACCAAAUUCCAGCAACAACCAAAGUCACGAUGUUGUAGGACACGACGAGUUCUACCUGGGGUACGUCAGCCAAUCCGUGCUGGACUUUGUGCUACUCGUCAACCUUGACCUUCUCUGCGGGGUCAUCGGUCUGCUGGGUAUCGCGGCGAACCUGGCCAACCUGAAGGUCUUCCUGCGCCAGGGGUUCAAGGACCAGGUCAACCUGACCCUCGCGGCCCUGGCGGUGAGUGACCUUGGGGCGCUGGUCACGCUGGAGGGGUACAACGUGCUGGUCAACCCCUGGCUGGCCAAGGCUGACCUGCCCUUCCUGCCUCUGGAGGUCCAGAGUCUGGCCGUCUUCUACCCCCACAACUAUUUCACACGUGUGCGAGGGUUCCUCACAGCAUUCAUCGCGUUUGAAAGAUGUCUAUGCGUGACUUUACCAUUAAAAGUCAAAACAAUUAUCACCCGAAAAGUCACGUUUUCGUAUAUUACAAUCAUAUAUUUUAUAAUGAUUAUAAACGUAUUUCCCAAUUAUUAUAUGACUUAUUACGACUGGAAAAAUGUUAAAAAUAGAACAGUUUGGGGAAUAUUCUACCGGCCCAACAAAGACGCCGUGUUUAAUAUUUCGUUUUUCGUGACGGAUUUCUUCAUUCCUCUGUUGUCGUUUUUCAUCGUCAUCAUCUGCACGGCAAUAACAGCGUGGACGCUGCGCAGCAAACUACAGUGGAGAAAAUCCGUUUCCAUGACGACGGACAAACCCGCCGCACCGCAAAAAGAGAUGAAAGUUGUGCGCAUGAUCACGGUCGUGUCCGCCAUCUUUAUCGUCUGCUUCCUGCCGUUCUCGAUGAUCCUGACGUCACGGGCCGUGGUGACGGAGAUGAAGAUUAACGGAAGGUUCUGGAACCUGGUGCUGCUAGUGGGGUCAGUGGCCUUUGUCCUGGAGACCAUCAACUGCAGCAUCAGCCUGCUGGUCUACUACAACAUGAGCACCAAGUUCAGGGAACACCUGCAGGCUCUAUGGAGAAACACAAGGCGACUCUAG